CGGACUAUCAGUAACAUGCUGUUCUUACAGAAUCAUGGACUUUUGGUCUCGUCUCAUCGGGGGCUCCCGCUCGCUGUCAACUAAGAGCUUUCGAGCAGCCACUCCCACAGAACGAUUGGCAUCCUUCAAACGGACCUGCAAUACCCUUCAGCAAAUAUGGCGCUCUAGCAAUUCCACCUCCUCCGGCGAGCAGUCUGCGACAGUCAACGCGCGCAAUUGCAUUGAUCGGCUCAUCUCCGUGCUGAGCGACGAAUCCCGCGGCCCGGCUCCUCAUCCAUGCCUGGCCUAUGCCUCCUCCUCGCAAAUUUUCGUCACCGUUACCAAGCUCGCCCUAUCCUCCUACGACGAUGGCAUGCUUCGAUCCGCGACCGUCUUCUUCAACACUUUGAUCGACUCCGAGGUUGAUGGCGUCGUUGACAACCGUCUCUUCGCCCGGGCGUUGGUGGAUCUGGUUCGACUGGCAGACAAACACUCGGAGGAUGUGGAAGGAAGACUCGUGGAGCUCUUGUUUGGUGUAGCCAACAAUAUCCGUCUGCAGCCUAGUAUCCUUCCGGCGUGGUUCUCUCCCCGGUCUGACGAUCAAGAUCGCGAACAGAGUAAGGCUGGGGCUGAGUUCGCUGGCGCCAUGCGGAAGGGCGACUUUCCAUUAUUCUAUCUGCUGGUUGAAUACGUGCAUCAUGCUGGUAGGGCGGGUGAUUUUGCUCGGACAGGUCUACUUUAUCUUAUUGAGACGGCGUCUCGAUCCAAGAAUCUCGAGAGGUGGUUGAUCGAGAGUGACCUUGCUACACUGAUGGCUACUGGGCUGGGAGCGCUCUAUAGUCAGUUGGGCAGCUUGACCUUCCCCGAGAACACGGACGAGACGAUUCCCCACAUCAUUGCGUUGUCGGACCACGCGCAGCAAGAUACUGCCCUUCCACCUUUGCUUGGUGCGUCUAUGGACUCGUUCAUGUCGUACCUGCUGUUCUGGCAGGAUACCAUCGAUCAUUGCAAGUCGGCUGAGGUGAAUGGCACGCUGUUGGACCAUUUCCAGAUUCUCUUCCUCGAGCAACUCUUGUAUCCGUCUUUGCUAGAGUCUUCUGACGUGCAGGGGGGCUCAACGGCUGCUGUUCUUACCUAUUUAUAUCGCAUUCUGGAGUCGGUACAUCAGGAGGAUCUGGUUCACCGGAUUCUCCACUUCCUCCUUGCGUCUCCAUCUGACUCGGAGCCUGCGACAGUUGGAAAGAACAUAGGCAUGUCUGCCAGCCGACGCAAGUCACUCGAUGUCUUGGCUGCCUUUUCAGAAGAAGCUGCCAGGCCCUCGCCAUCUCUUUUCAACUUGAGAGAUCUCGCCCUACUCGGCCUUCAAUCCGCAAAUCGACAGACUGUUCUGGCAACUCUGCGGCUGAUGAGCAUCGUCUUGCAGCGGCAUCACACCUUUGCCCGGUCGUUGAUCCGAACCAUUCCCGGGCAGCAUGCUAAGCAGCGAACCGUCGGGGCGCUGAAUGUCGAGCUGGGGCAGCUGAUGGGCAUGGCCACGUCGAUCGUUGACGACCCCACGUUGAACGAUUCAUACGACAACUAUCUGAAAGAUGGAAUGGCAAUCCUCGAGGCCCGCCUGUGCAUUCCUCCAGCAGAGGAUUACCCAGAAGAGAACCUACCGCUUGAGCUGCGACACGAUGACCCCAUGGUGCGCGAAUUGUUGAAUUGCUUGGAGAACUUUUUCACGAACAGUGUCAUUGUAAACUUGGCGUUGACAGAGGUUCUCGGAAGUAUCGCCUCAUCACAUCUGAUCUCUCUUGAUGGCUGGCUUCUUGUGGACCCUUCCAAGUACACCUACAGCAGCUCAACGACCAAAUCUUCAAGCGAGGAUCUUUCGACCAACAUCCUCGAGCAAAUCCAGCUAGCCUAUGAGGAACCAUCCUGGGCCAGCACCGACACGCCAGCCCUUACCUCAAUCUUGCAGAAACUCGUGCAACGGAUUCAGAUUUGGCGCAAGGAUGUGUCUGACUUUGAUAUCCUGGUCGCAGCGCGUCGCGAUCUCCUCCACCAGGACGACGAACCCGUCAAGGCAUCCGGUCGUUCUCAACGCAACUCCGAGCCCCCCACCCGCUCCUCCUCUCAACGCCCACUGUCCCAACUCGACUCCGACUACGGAUCGCCCCGCGGCCGGUCCACUCGACCCCUUGAUUUCUCUACCACCGCCACUUCCUCCCCAAGUCGGGACACCAUGAGCUCCCCCAUCCGCGAGCUCCCCUUCCGACCACCACGCGACCCCUCCCCGGCGCGCAAAUCCGCCGCUGAAGAACUGCGCCAGCGUCUGGAACAGCCUUUCCCCGUCGAUGACACGACACCCGAAACAAACUCUGACACCGAAUCAGCGCAGCCCGCUGACGAGCCCAGCGACGCGGGAGACACAGCGGUUGUCGACGAAGAGCCUCGCACCGCAACCCUCGGCCAUGUCCUCACCAACGUGGUCAUACUUUACGAAUUCCUCUUGGAAACCUCGGCCGUCGUGCAAGCGCGGGGGACGUUGUUCGGGGAGGCUGGAUACCCGGGGCCGGAAUUGGAAGUUGAAGUCGGUGCAGCUUCACUCGAGGAGUAGUCGUAACUGUCAGUUUGUCUAUGUAUUGUGCGGCGUCGUGGGCGGGUCCUGCGAUUGAAUGGGAAUAAGGAAGGGCAUGUAUAUCUCCAAUGUAUGGUUAGGUUUUAUUUGUUCUACUUGUGAUAAUAUGCAUGAAACUGUUCGGC